AGAUGGUGUAGUCUUUUCUUUUGUUUACCCAUCGGCCAUGAGUUGACCUAAGUGUCCCUAGCUACUCAACAAUGGAUGCUGCCUGCUUGGGAGCCGUCAUUUGACCAGUAAAUAAGUAAACUGGAAAAUGACAUCAUGAUGGGGGCCUCUACUUUAGGAAGGCUGUGCCAGAACUGAGUUCAAACUUUCACCCCUCUGCUGUAUUUGCCACUUGAUGGCAGAACUUUCUGACUAGAAGACAGGCUGGCUGCUCCAGCUUAGCAGUGACUAAAAUGUUCUAAACAAAUAGAUGAGAGAAAAUCCUCUGGCAUGAUGUUCAAGCAAGUGGAUACAUCAUCAAGAAGACGUCCUCAUGGUGGCAAUGAGGCCGACCGGCCCCAGUCUCCCCCACCCCCCUCUGUCCAACAGAGGCGAAUCCGGGCUGUUGAGGUGGCAAGAGGCAGGACGGGGUACGGUUUUACACUCUCGGGACAAAGCCCUUGUGUCCUCAGCUGUAUCCUUAAAGGCAGCCCUGCAGAUUAUGUGGGUUUGCGUUCAGGAGACCACAUCCUCUCAGUCAACGACAUCAACGUCUCCAAGGCAUCCCAUGAAGAUGUGGUCAAACUGAUCGGACGCUGCACCGGUGUCUUAAAGCUGGUCAUUGGUGAAGUAGAGCGUCACAGGCGACAUCAUCACCAGCAACGCAGCGCUAGCAGUCGUCACCAUAGCAGCAACUCUAUGGCCGCAUAUUAUCUAGAUUCAUGCUCCAGUGACGAUGAGUUGGACGGCCUAUACGACAACAGUGUCAACAACAACAAUAAUGGCAGGACAGGCGGUGGAGCUCGUGGGGGCUGGUUCAGACCCAAAAUGGAUUCGAAGCAGCUCGGCAUCAACCGUGCUGAGCGGGUCGUGGCGGAGUUACAGUCUGGAGGAAUCUUUAACAUGAUCUUUGAGAAUUCCAGCCAUUCGUCCAGCAGCUCUGACAAGGACAGACCUGGACACACCUCAUCAUCCAAACCACAUCCAAUGUCUGAUCCAGAGUUUCUUCCAUGUCGUAACUCCUCCCGUUCCCAGAGCAACCCUGUCUUGCUCUCUGAGGAGGAGAUGGCCCAAGUUCUAAAUGAUGACUCGGUUUUCCUGGACUCUGAUUUUCAACAUCUCCACCUCCACCACCACCAUGAGGAACAAGGCAUGGAUGUUGGCGAUGGGCAGGACUUGGUCCUGGAUCCAAAUCAGGAGAUUGUCAAUGUGGGCAUGAUUGUUGGCUACCUGGGCUCCAUUGAGCUUGCCUCCACAGGGACCAGCCUGGAGAGUGACAGCCUGCAAGCCAUCAGAGGAUGCAUGAGGCGCCUCAGGGCAGAGCAAAAGAUCCAUUCCCUGGUCCUCAUGAAGGUCAUGCAUGACACUGUGCGCCUGUGCAGUGAUAAAGGCCAGAUCCUUGCCACGUAUCCUGCAGAAAAACUAGCAUUCAGUGCCUGUUGUCCUGAUGACCGGCGGUUCUUUGGACUGGUCACAAUGCAGGCCACAGACGAAGACUGUCUUAUCAGCCGAGGGCGAUACGAAGAAGGAGGUUUGAGGACUUCUUGCCAUGUGUUCAUUGUGGAUCCUGACCUAUGUCACCACCAGGUCCAUUUGGGAGUGGCCAGGAGGUUUGGCUUUGAAUGUACUCCUGACCCAGACACAGGAGGCUGCCUGGAAUUCCCACCCACUUCUCAAUCUCUCCUCCACUUUGUGUCUGUACUUUACCGGGACAUGGGGGACAACAUUGAGGGCGUCCGAGCCAGAGCCUUUCAUGAUCCAGAUAAUGAUGCCCAGCAGAACCACAGCACCAGCAGUAAUAGUGAUAGCGGGAUUGGCAACUUUUUACCUGAGGAGAAGAGUAGCAGAGUGCUCUUGGUUGACCUGGGAGGGCCUCUUAACCACAAUCACGCCUCUGGGCCGCGCCACUGGGACAGCCCACCCUCUUCCCAGCAGGCUUGGAGCCCCACUCUAGGAGCUGCUGCCUCUCACCCAGCUCCCCCGCCACCCGCUAUAAGGAAUAGCCACUACCGACAUGAACCAUACCUGGCUGACCUCCCUCACCCCCUCCCACUGGCACACACUGACGUAGCAGCUAGACACGCUCGAGGGGUUCCCCUGCACCACUACUCGCAGGGGAAGUGGGGAGGAGCUGUCGGAGGCGGGGACAAGCGCGGAGCUGGAGGAGGGGUGGAGUCUCAGCGUUGGCUGCCAGUCCACGUGCUGAGAGACUGGCACCAGCAACACCACCACCUCCACGGCCUGAGCAGCGAUCAGGAGUCGUACGCCGAAUCCACUGACGGGUGGUCAUCAGCUAAUUGCAGCACCCUGCCUCCACCCAUGAAUAAGAUCCCUGCUGACCGUUACCGGGCCCCGCUGGUCCCUGGAGACCACCUGCCGCCGCCUGGAGGGAGUCAGCCUCCACCUGCUUUACAUGCCCAGACCCACACCCAGCGGCUGACUGCUCAGAAAGAUGAGUGGGCCAAGAAGCUCUUUGGUGCUGGGGACAGAGAGAGGAGUGAAACCGGCAAGAAGCGUGGGGGUGCCAAAGAUGCAGAUAAAAAGGGCGGUCGGUUCCGUGGUCUGACCAUGGGGUUCCCUCCUCUCCCCCAGCGCUCCUCAGCCAGGCGCUCCUUUGGACGUUCCAAACGUCUCAGCACGGCCCGCUCCCUGGAUGACCUGGAGUCUACUGCAGUCUCCGACGGAGAACUGAACAGUGUGGAGCUGCAGGGCUGCAGCAGUGACAACAGUCUGAACAGUAAUGCCAGCCUCCCCAGUGUGCAGAGCCACCGGCGCCACACCGAGAGGAGAGUGGCCAGCUGGGCCGUGUGCUUCGAGAGGCUGCUACAGGACCCCGUGGGAGUCCGCUACUUUUCGGAAUUCCUGAAGAAGGAGUUCAGUGAGGAGAAUAUUUUGUUCUGGCAGGCAUGUGAGUUCUUCAGCCACGUCCCUGAAAAUGACAAGAAGCAGUUGUCUCAGCGAGCCAGAGAAAUCUACAACAGCUUCUUGUCCAGCAAAGCCACCACACCGGUUAACAUCGACAGUCAAGCUCAGCUCGCUGACGACAUCCUCAAUGCCCCCCGACCAGACAUGUUCAAGGAGCAACAGUUACAGAUUUUUAACCUGAUGAAGUUUGACAGCUACACACGAUUCCUCAAGUCUCUGCUCUACCAAGCAUGUAUGUUAGCAGAGGUGGAGGGCCGACCCCUGCCUGACCCUUACCACAUCCCCAGCAGCCCCACCUCCAAACACAGCACCACUGGCUCGGACCGCUCCAACCUGUCCACACCCAAGAAGGAGGACAAAAGGAGCAAGUCAGGCCGCUCUUUGAACGAUGACAGCCGGGAUGAUUCAGGAGACCGGAGGAAGGGCAUGUUCUUCUCCUGGUCCCGCAACAGGAGCUUUGGCAAAGGCCCAAAGAAACGAGAACUGACCGACUUUAAUUACAAUUUCUCUGGUAGCAAUGGGCGGCGUGAAUCCCAGGGCUCUCUGUCCUCAGGUGCCAGUCUGGAGCUCGGGACAUCUGGUUCUGGAAAGAAUGAGGGAGAUGUUUCCCGGGUGGCGGUAUCAGAGCGUGGAGGAGGCAGCGUCCCCCUGAGGCAGUGCAACAUAAACUUGCCAGACGGCUCUUGUUGCUCCGUGCCGCUGAGGGCUGGUGUGUCCAUCAGGGAUUUGUUGCUGGGCCUCUGUGAGAAGCUCUGCAUCAACCUGGCAGCUAUCGACCUCUUCCUGGUCGGAGGGGAGAAGCCACUUGUUUUGGACCAAGACUGUAUGACGUUGUGCUCUCGCGACCUCAGACUUGAAAAGCGGACUCUCUUUAGGUUAGAUUUGGUCCCCAUUAACCGCUCAGUGGGUCUAAAAGCAAAGCCCACCAAGCCAGUGACCGAGGUUCUCAGGCCAGUGGUGGCCAAAUAUGGUCUGCACCUCUCAGAUUUGGUGGCACGCAUUAGCGGUGAAUCUGAGCCCUUAGAUCUCGGUCUUCCGAUAUCCAAUCUGGAUGGGCUGAGAGUGGUAUUGGAUUCAGCAGAGCACAUGCCAGGAAAAGCACCAUCUAAAAGCCAUAUUGGGGCUUCUACAAUUAGAAACCAAUCAACAACAGGGGAGGACAGGCAAUCAAGGAAAGCCGCUUCUACCCACCCCCAUGGGGAAAACGACAAGGCUGGGCCCGGCCUUGACACAAGGAGCCAACCCUUACCCAACUACUCUGUCUCUCUUCAUAAGGCUCCAGAGAAAAGAAAGCAGAAAAAGAUUAAUAUAGACGAAGCUGAAGAGUUCUUCGAUCUCAUAUCCAAAGCUCAGAGCAACAGAGCUGACGACCAGCGAGGCCUGCUGAACAAAAGUGACCUGCAGCUCCCAGACUUCCUGCGCCUGUCACCGUCGGCGACCGGUCGAGCUGCGCCUCCGCCCUAUGACCCUGAGCCCAGUUGCUCCACCCCUCAUUCCCGUAACCCCGGCAAUGGCAGCUGUCGCCCGGGUAACAAGGCCAGGCACAACGACAGGGCGAGCGGCAGCCAUUUCCUCAAUGCUCAUCAUCAGUCUCAAAGUUUGGACUCUGCGUUGGGCUCUGACAGUGGAGGCUGGGGGAACACCAGACCCCCUUCUUCGCUGUUCCCCGCCACAGUCUCUCCCAUCCACCCGUCCCAGGAGGCCCAGCGUGGUGCAUUCAAGGACACUGGCAGGGGGGCGUCAGUCCAGAUGCUGGAAGAGGACGCCCUGUCGGACCUGACUCUGGUGGGUGAGGGGGACAUCAAUAGUCCCAGCCUCAACUACGUGCCCCCCGCCGCCGUGCAGUCUAAACCCCAAAAACAAGCACCGGACGUUCGGCCUAGCUCAGGUAUUUCCCCGGUUUGACCUUUCACGUCUCCCUUCACCCGACUGCGUUUUCAGUUGAGACUGAAUGCAUCCACGUCUCCUCCCUUCCUUUAGUCAGCCCAGCCCUUAUGUGUGGGACAAGAAAAACACUCCCAGUGGUACAGAAGCAUUCAAUUUCAAUGUAAAAGUACAAGAGCUUACACUACAAACAUGCUUUGUCGUGUUAUAAUAGUGAUGUAUGCACUGUGACCUGCAUCCAAGUUGCUCAGACACAACGCAGGAAGCUGAAGCGAGGAGGAAUGGAUGCAUUAUGAAAGGUCACAAAAGUCCUUGGUGUGUAUCUGUGUGAACUUUUGAGUGGGCUUGCUGUGGAUUUUCUUCUUUUCUUUCCAUGCGAUGUAAUAGUGAGUAGGAGUGCGAGGAUGACUUGUGCCAAACUCUCUUCCAGCUCCCUUUCAACAAAAGAACAUAAUGAUGCACUUUAGCCCAUUACGAACAAGACUCUACACAUUCGCGCACGUGUUAAAAUCACUUGUUGACCUUGACACCACACAUUAUACUCAUGCUAAAAGAAUGGAAACUAAUUUAUAUGAUCUGUUUAGUGAUCCCCGGCUCUGUAUCUAUAUUGAUAUGGAGAUGUCAGUGUGUUAUUUAUAUCUUAGUGCACACUGACCCAAAAAAUGCAGAAACCCUGCUAUAGUAGCAUGAACGGACACAUUUGCUCAGCUGGUCUCUGUUCCAACUUCAGUACAGUACAUUUUGUGUUUUCACCACUUUCACUUCGGGCACUUGUAAUGCCCUUAAUGCAAACACAGGCCACAGUUAUUGUGCACGCAGGCAUUGCUUGCAGACCAAAAAGAAGGUUUUGCACCAAUCUUUCAAUCUUUUGUCUUCUUUGCACAACAUCACAAAGCUGUGUUGAUAUUCUUGAACAGUUUAUAACGUAGUGGCUUACUGCAGGAUAGAAUAACUACUCUUCAGGUAGUCCAGAAGUAUUUGCAAAACGACAGAGUUUCUGUCAUUUUGCCUUUACACGCUACCAAAAUUGAUUUGAAAUAAAACAAUGAACAUCAUUUAAGUGUGGACUUCAAGAGGUUUCCCAAAAAUAUACUAUUUGUCAUUGACAUUUUAUUCACAUUACAAUACCUCCAUUUUUAUUCGUCCAUCCAUUUUCUAGACCACUAAUCCUGUUAAGGGUUAAUCGCGGGGCACAUUUCGAUACAACCAUUCAGGCUCACGGUGACACCAUCACUGUGUGGGUACAGAACUUAGUCUCCCUGCAUCAAGUGAGUGAAGCACAACACUGCCAGUGUCACCUCCAUUAUAAUCAGGUUCUCAAAAGGAUUUGGAUAAAGUGGCAUAAUUGUAAAUAUAACCAUCAUUUUGAUACUUUAAAAUCCUUAAUGUAAGGCAAAAUCACAAAAACGCAAACUCACAUGACCGAGCUACAUUAUUAAGGUUUUUAAAGCUUCACAAGUUCCAGAUGGAAGGGAAUUAGUUGGUGGUGGGAGUACUACAGCUACUGAUACUUGAUACUUUAAAAUCCUUAAUGUAAGGCAAAAUCACAAAAACGCAAACUCACAUGACCGAGCUACAUUAUUAAGGUUAAAUGGUUCACAUUCCACAUUUUCUUGUAUCCUUGAAGAAAUAUUAAUUUAUCUCACAACCUUAUAUUUUUUACCCUGUCACUUAAACAAAAAGUGUUAAUUUGUACAUAGCCAAACUCGUGAAAUCCCCAUAUGUUGCUAUUGUUAAAUUGCAUUGCAGUCAUGCUGUUUCUUCAGGUAAGUCGCAGUAAACAUCGAUCUUUAUCUGCUCUCUUUCAAAGUGUCUGUAAAUACAUACAAUAAAUGUUAAGAGCUUGCAAUA